GGAAAAUGGUGGCUUCGGGCAAGAGCAGCGCCUCAGGCGGCGGGGGCAGCACAGAGGAAGCAUUCAUGACCUUCUACAGUGAGGUAAAACAGAUAGAGAAAAGAGAUUCAGUUCUAACAUCCAAAAAUCAGAUUGAAAGGUUGACGCGUCCUGGAUCCUCUUACUUCAAUUUGAACCCAUUUGAGGUUCUUCAGAUAGAUCCUGAAGUGACAGAUGAAGAAAUAAAAAAGAGAUUUCGUCAGUUGUCCAUAUUGGUGCAUCCUGACAAAAACCAAGGCGAUGCUGACAGAGCACAAAAGGCUUUCGAAGCUGUGGACAAAGCUUACAAGUUGCUACUGGAUCAGGAACAAAAGAAGAGGGCCCUGGAUGUAAUUCAGGCAGGAAAAGAAUACGUGGAACACACUGUGAAAGAACGAAAAAAACAAUUAAAGAAGGAAGGAAAACCUACAAAUGUAGAGGAGGAUGAUCCGGAGCUGUUCAAACAAGCUGUGUAUAAACAGACCAUGAAACUGUUUGCUGAGCUGGAAAUUCAAAGGAAAGAGAGAGAAGCCAAAGAGAUGCAUGAAAGGAAACGACAAAGGGAAGAAGAGAUUGAAGCUCAAGAAAAAGCCAAACGAGAAAGAGAGUGGCAGAAAAACUGUGAGGAAAGUCGAGACGGUCGGGUGGACAGCUGGCGAAACUUCCAAGCAAAUACAAAGGGGAAGAAAGAAAAGAAAAAUCGGACCUUCCUGAGCCCACCAAAAGUGAAAAUGGAGCAGCGCCAGUGACCGGCUGGGUCCAGCCGCAGAACCCUGCCCUGGCUCUUUCUUUCCUGCUUUGAAGGACUCAUUCUUUCCUCCCACCUCCACCCAAACAUAGAGUAGUAUUUGCUUUUUAGUCCAUUUUGUUUUCAAUACAAUUUAAUAUCA